AUGCCUCCCCCGCCGCCUAUGCUUGCCAUCGUGACCGGCGGCGCCACAAGGACGGGCGCGCUGCUUGAAGCGGCAGUCGGAGCAAGACAUCGCGGCGACAUACGCCUGGUCGGGCGUCGCGGGGCUCGUGUCUGGCGCCUGCAGCAUGGCCAUCAGCGAGUUCGUGUCCGUGUACGCAGUCGGGAGGUGGCCCAGAUCAAGCGCACCCGCGACGUCGACGGGGGCAGCAGCGACAGGAGCAACCUGCCGAGCCCGACGCUGGCGGCGGGCGCGUCGGCCCUGGCGUUCGCGGCGGGCGCCGCGCUACCGCUUCUGAGCACGAGGAACGGCUCCGUGGGCACCGAGAGCGCGAAGCAGCCCGUGCCGGUGAACGCAUACCGCGGGAUGCCGAGCUCAGCGACGGCGGUGGCGGCCCACGGGAGGACACCGUCGAACAAGACGGCGUCAGUGGGGUGGCGGCGCGGGAGGUCGGCGAAGAGCGGCGCGGCGAACGGACUCCGUGGGCGACGCGAGGAGUAGAGGAAGCUCCGACGCACUCAACGUGUUCAACGAAAUGAGAAGCCAAACCAAGUGACUAUUAAAUUUUGUUGUUAACUCCUAAUCAUAUGCAUGUAUGCAACCAAACGCCGGAUCAAAAUUGCAUCUCGAUGACAAGACCUCCUAAUGCAGGCAACCAAUCAA